AUGGCAUUGACCUCCGGGGUAGAGUCACGUGCGGCCAAAUCACUCCGCCGCCGCCAAGCCCCACCCACGUAUCCUAACCCAGCACCGCCGGCCCGGCCCCAGCAGAUCGCCAUGCUGCCUGUGGACAUGCUGCCUCCAGGAGCUCCCGUGUAUCCUCCACUGCCACUGCCACCACCGGGAUACUCGCAGACCCCUUAUUACGUAUACUCUUACCAGCCGGCCGCCCCACUCCCCAGGCCUCCAUAUGUGGCUCCUAGGUACUUGCCAGCACCACCUCCACCACCUCCCCCUCCUACUCCCAGAGUUGUUUAUCAGAGAGUGCUUCCUCCCCCUCCACCUCUCCCCGCAGUCAUUCCACCGCCCCCUCCUCCUGUGAACGCCCAAGUCCAAAAUGUGGAUUACCAAAGACAUUCCGUGAAUUCACAAACGUCGCCUACAGGGAGCGCUGUCAACUUACAACUUCCGGCGGACUUCAUACAGAGAUUAAUGUCUCCACCUGUGGAACUACAAUAUCAAGUUAGUCAAUACCAGAGGCAGAUAGAGGGUCAGGCUAUGCCAUCUCAAAACAACCGCUUCACUGCGGUCCCUCAGAAACAGCAGCCUAAGGCAGCGAAGUCACCCCAACAACAGUGGCCACUACAUCAGCCUCAGAAACAACAACAACAGCAUUACACUCGACGUCCACAAAGUGUUGCUCAGCUCCAGCCACAGCUACAGCAGCAGCAACAGCAGCACCAUCAGCCACAGCAACAGCAGCACCAUCAGCCACAGCAACAGCAGCACCAUCAGCCACAGCCACAUCAGCAGCUCCAGCCAAAUCAACAACAGCUCCAGCCAAAUCAACAACAGCUCCAGCCAAAUCAACAGCAGCGCCGUCAGCCACAGCCACAUCAGAAGCCCCAACGGCACACGUACUACCCACAACAACAACUUACUCACCACCAACAACACCAACAAUAUUUUUACAGGCAACAACAGCAGUUUUAUCCCAUUCCCCAAGAACAACAAUCACAACAACAACAGUCACGACAACAGCAACAGUUGCCAUCUAUUGGUGUCCGGUAUUACCAAGUUCCAAGAACGCUUCCUGUGUCACAUGCGGUUCCGUGGGGUCCUAUCGCGCAGGGUUAUCCAGUCCUUGGGGCAUAUCUCCCAGCACUCGAAUUCCCACGAUCACUCAGCCGAGCCGUAGAUGAUCGUGUUUCAGUGCCAGCAUCCUACGCCACUGGACAAAGUGGAACACCGCAGAUGCCCGUAUCCAGUCAGAGACCAACACCUCCACAGCCAGCAAGUACCAAAAAGUGCGGGCCCGUGACAAGACACGGCCAGUGCUGCGCUUUUCCCAAAUCUUGCGUGGAGUCAUCCCAGAUCGAGGACGAGACUGGAGCGUGUCUUUCUCUGGGACAAGAUACCCUAUGUUGCGCGGCUAACACGUGUAAAUAG